ACCGCUUGUCUUCGCUCUGGUUCUGCAGUAAGUACCACAAUGUCUAUCGUGACAAUAAGGAACGUAGAGUUUUUGAAUAAUCCGGCACGCUUCCUGGAUCCAUACCACUUUCGCGUUACCUUCGAAUGUGUCGCGCCACUACCAGAUGAUCUUGAAUGGAGGUUGAUCUACGUAUCGUCUCCCGACAACGAAGAGCUGGACCAAGAGCUUGAUGACUGCCUAGUGGGGCCCGUUCCAGUUGGCGUGAACUCCUUUGAAUUUGAAGGAUCUGCACCAUCACCCUCCAAAAUUCCGCCAGAAGAUGUCCUCGGAGUGGCUGCGCUCAUCCUGACUGGGUCGUACAAGGAGCAGGAGUUUGUGCGGGUGGGGUACUACCAGAACACGGAGUACGAUAACGAGGAGAUGAAGGAGAAUCCGCCGAAACAGAUUGCGUUCGAGAAACUGGUGAGGGAUAUCAGUACGAAGCCGCGGGUGACGAGGUUCCAGAUUAAGUGGGACGUAUCGCCACCUCAGCACGCAAACGCAGCCGCGGGUGCAGCUACCUCGGCCCCCGUACCAUCCGCGAACGAACUCGAUACAGGCGAGGAGGAUAAGACAAACGAUGUCGCUAUGCAAAUAUAAUAUCCUUGGGGUCUCGGAUGAACUUUGGAUUGUUCAGUGACUUUUCGUGUCUUUGGAUUUUGCUUCACACGCUGAUCGCUGCUGUAUUAGCCUACUAUAUCCUUAUAUUGAUCAGAUG